AUCCCACCCAUCGCCAUAUUGCUGUCAGUGUCCGACCGGCUCGUCUGAAUCCGGCUGGUUCUAAGUUUCGGAGAUUUUGUGAAUUAAAUCCGUGAAAAUCGCGACAUCGGCGUAGUGUGAUUACUUUUUAAAAUGGCUGCUUUCCCGGGAACAUUCGCCUUCGACGAGUACGGUCGUCCUUUCAUCAUUUUGCGCGACCAGGACAAGCAGAAACGGCUGACAGGGAACGACGCUAUCAAGAGUCACAUCCUAGCUGCUAAACAAAUCGCUAACACACUCCGCACUUCCCUAGGACCGAAGGGAUUGGACAAAAUCAUGGUCAGUCCCGACGGUGAGGUGACCGCCACAAACGAUGGAGCCACGAUCUUGAAGCUUAUGGAUGUCGAUCAUGAAAUUGGUAAACUCAUGGUUCAAUUGAGCCAGUCACAAGACGACGAAAUCGGGGAUGGAACAACUGGUGUCGUAGUUCUCGCUGGAGCUCUUCUUGAGCAGGCUGAAAACCUCUUGGAUCGUGGUAUUCAUCCAAUUCGUAUUGCGGAUGGUUUCGAGUUGGCUGCACAAUGUGCUGUGAAACAUUUGGAAUCAAUUGCCGAGCCCUUCAAGUUUUCACCAGAUAACAAGGAACCCCUCAUCCGUGUAGCUUUAACUACAUUAGGAAGUAAAAUCGUCAACAAAUGCCAUCGUCAAAUGGCUGAAAUCGCCGUCGACGCUAUUCUAACCGUUGCUGACCUCGAGCAAAAGGAUGUCAACUUCGAGCUCAUUAAAAUCGAACAAAAAGUCGGUGGCCGAAUGGAAGAUUCAGCCUUGAUCAAGGGUGUGGUUGUUGAUAAGACUAUGAGUCACGCUCAAAUGCCUAAAGUUCUUCGAAAUGUCAAGCUCGCCAUUCUAACCUGCCCAUUUGAACCACCAAAGCCAAAGACCAAACAUAAGUUGGACGUCACUUCAGCCGAGGACUACAAAGCGCUGCGCGCCUAUGAGCAAGAAAAGUUCACCGAAAUGGUCCAACAAGUGAAGAAUGCUGGUGCUACCCUGGCUAUUUGCCAGUGGGGCUUCGAUGAUGAAGCUAACCAUCUUUUGCUCCAACACGACCUGCCUGCUGUUCGCUGGGUUGGCGGUCCUGAAAUUGAAUUGAUUGCCAUUGCUACAGGUGGCAGGAUCGUUCCACGCUUCGAGGAAUUGACUUCAGAAAAGUUGGGCAAAGCCGGUCUUGUCCGGGAAUUAGCUUUCGGUACAGCCAAAGACAAAAUGUUGGUGAUCGAGGAAUGUCAGAACUCAAAGGCCGUCACCAUUCUAUUGCGAGGUGGCAACCAGAUGGUUGUAGCUGAGGCCAAGCGAUCAAUUCACGAUGCACUUUGUGCUGUUCGAUCACUCAUCAGGGACUCACGUAUCGUCUACGGAGGUGGAGCUGCAGAAAUCAGCUGUUCCUUGGCUGUCGCCAAAGAAGCCGACCAGCUCUCAACUCUCGAACAAUAUGCCUUCCGUGCAUUCAGUGUAGCCUUAGAAAAUAUUCCGCUCGCCUUAGCUGAGAACAGUGGAUUGCAACCAAUCGAAACACUUUCCGAAUUGAAGGCACGUCAAGUAAAUGAGUCGAAACCGUCCCUCGGAGUCGAUUGCAUGCUGACCGGCAACUCAGACAUGAAGGACCAUCACGUGGUUGAAUCUUUGCAUUCCAAGAAGCAACAGAUCAUCCUAGCUACACAACUUGUUAAAAUGAUCCUCAAAAUUGAUGAUGUACGAUCAUCGGCCGAUAGGAUGUAGAACCUUAGAUACUUUCUCUUAUGCUAAUUACUCGUACUUUCUUUCAUAAUUUUCCUUUGUUCGCGAAACGUAACGGACUUCACAUAAUAAUAUAUGACUUAGGAUAUUACAUGUCCCAUGUAAGAGCAGUGAGGAAAUUUGUUAACACAACUUGUCUGUCAUUAAUCAUUAUUUAAUGAAAAUAAAAAUAAGCUUUUCACAACUUAAAAGAUGAAAUCCUU